AUGCCCUGUAUUCUGGUUGCGUACGUACUCUACUGCCACUGCGCUGACGUUUCCGCCAACGCUGGAGACGACUCUCUUCUUGCCCUAGGAACUGGCCAUGGAGGUGGCUACGGAGGAGGCUAUGGCGGACACGGGAACAAGAAUUCUCACCACUCCCACUCAAACUACGGUGGCCACUACAAGCACCACGGUAACGACCACGAUAAUCAUCACGGCCAACACGGGCGCUACGGUCACCACCAGCAAGGACACGGUCACAACAACUACAACGCCGAUCAUCACGGACGGCACAACCAAGAUGAGUAUGGGGGCAGCCACCACGGAAAAGAGCACUACGGUGGCCAAGGACACCACGGCGGCAAGUACGGUCACGACCACAACAAGGACUAUGGCCACAAGAACUACGGUCACAAGGACGUGUACCAUAAGGAGGACUCGGCACACCACAGCAACUACCACGACGAUUACCACGACGGAGACCACAAAAAAAAAUACAACCAGCAUCACGGGUAUCAAGACCACCAUAACGGAGGGCGUCACUAUGGGCACCAUAACAAAGAGCACCACGGAGGAAAUAAGCGUGGCGACGAACAUCAUCAGCACGGGCAGGGCCACUACAAGAGCCAUCACGGACAGCAUGGUGGUCACGGCCGGGACCACUACCGUGGUAGCGGUGGUCAUAAGUAUGGCGGUGGUGGAUACCAUCGUGGCUCGCAUGAUCACUACGGAGGUCACAAGCAUCAUGGCGGUGGCCACGGAGGAGGGGACCACGGUGGGGGAGGAGGUUACGGUGGCAAUGGCGGAGGCUACGCCAGCGCUGCCCUUCCUACAUACGUCUCGUUGUCGAGAUAA